AUGGCCAGCAACCUGCAAAGAUCACCUAGAGGGCAGAGUGACCCAUCCCGUGUCAGAGAACCUUUCCUGAAGAUGGUCCACGCCCGUGAGACUCUCCUGAACCCCUGCACGUGGGCUCAGCGUGAGUUCCUCCUCCCCAGGGAGUCCUCGGAGCUGCCCGGCUUCACCCAGCAAAGCUAUCACCAGCUGGCCCUGAAGCUUCCACCCUGCACAGAAGCGAAGGCCAAGGUGCGUCAGCGACUGGCCUGCCCUUGGAAGGAUGCGGCCCAGCACACCUGGGGCUUCCACACGUGGCUGGACGUGGGGCGUCUGCCAGCCACCUUCCCCUCCAGGCCCGACAGGCCCUACGACAGCAACGUCUGGCGCUGGCUGACAGACUCCAGGGCCCGCCGCUGCCCCCCGGCAGAACCCCCCGUGCCCCCUCCCUCCUGGAUGGGUCAAAACAGCUUUUUGGCCUUCAUCUCCUGUACUCCUAUCUUCUUGGACACAAAGAGGAAGAACCAGGUGAUUCUCAGGACAGUGAAGGAACUAAGAGAGGUGGAGAAGCUCAAGCUGAGGAGCGAAGUCAGGGCACCCCCACUUGAUACCAACGGCAACAUCCUGACCCUGAAGAACCUCAAGAAGUACCGGCACAUCUCAGCUGGUGGAAGGUGUGAGCCUGGGGGCCUCCAGCUCAUGCCCAACCCACUUCCCAAUGAUUUUGCCAGGAGCUGGCCCUGCCCAAACCCGCUGCCUCAUUACCAGGAGAAGGCGGUCAAGCUGGCCUUGCUGCCCAGUGCACCUCUGAGCCAGGACCUGGUGAGGAGCUACCAAACCCUGCUAGCAGACCGGGUGGCCUUUCCCCUCCACUAUCUCUCCAGGGCCCAUCCUGGCAAAACCUUAACGAGAAAGAGAAGACUGGGACACAUCUAG